UUUCCCAUCAUGCCCCGCGGUACCGACGCGGAAGUGCCUGUCCCUCCCGUCCCCAGGAACUACAUUUCCCGUCGUGCCUCGCGCACGACACCGGAAAUCCAGAGCCGCCCGCGCCGAGGCAGCUCCCGCCCCUGUCCUUGAUCCCAAAUCCUGAUCCCUGAUCCCGAUCCCAGAAGUGGAGCCUUCGUUUCCCCCACGGGACCGAGGAGGAAGUGUCUCUCCUUCUCAUGCUUGGAACUACGCUUCCCAUCAUGCCUCGCGCCCGGGACAGGAUAUCCGUCAUGGCCUCCGGAACUGCCCGGGCCGAGGCCGCUCCGGCCCCGCCCCCGAUCGCGCUCUUGAUCGCGAUCCCUUUUCCCGAUCCCAAUCCUUGAUCCCAAUCCCCGAAGCAAAGCCCUCGUUUUCCCACGGGACCGAGGCGGGAGUGCCUCUCCCUGCCAUCCCGGGAACUCCAUUUCCCAUCACACCCCGCGGUGCCGCGUCUCGGAACUCCAUUUCCCGUCGUGCCCCGCGCCCGGCACAGGAAAUCCGGCGCCGCCUGAGGAGCCGCCCGGGCCCUCAUCCCAAACCCCGCUCCCCAAUCCCCAAAUCCCAAAUCCCGGCCCCGCUCCCGGCCCGGCGGCCCCGCCGCCGCCAUGGGGUGCACGCUGAGCGCCGAGGACAAGGCGGCGGUGGAGCGGAGCAAAAUGAUCGACAGGAACCUCCGCGAGGACGGCGAGAAAGCGGCCAAGGAGGUGAAACUGCUGCUGCUCGGUGCUGGCGAGUCUGGGAAGAGCACCAUCGUGAAGCAGAUGAAGAUCAUCCACGAGGACGGAUAUUCCGAGGAGGAAUGCCGGCAGUACCGGGGGGUCGUCUACAGCAACACCAUCCAGUCCAUCGUGGCCAUCGUCCGGGCCAUGGGCCGGCUCCGCAUUCCCUUCGGGAAUCCCGCCAGGGCUGACGACGCCCGGCAGCUGUUUGUGCUGGCGGGCAGUGCCGAGGAGGGGACGCUGACGGCCGAGCUCUCCGCGCUCAUCCAGCGCCUCUGGAGCGAUCCCGGCGUGCAGGCCUGCUUCGGCAGAUCCCGGGAAUACCAGCUCAACGACUCCGCCGCAUAUUACCUGAACGACCUGGAGCGCAUCUCCCAGCACAGCUACAUCCCCACCCAGCAGGACGUGCUCCGGACCAGGGUGAAAACCACGGGAAUCGUGGAGACUCACUUCACCUUCAAGGACCUGUACUUCAAGAUGUUCGACGUGGGCGGGCAGAGGUCGGAGCGGAAGAAGUGGAUCCACUGCUUCGAGGGCGUCACGGCCAUCAUCUUCUGCGUGGCCCUCAGCGACUACGACCUGGUGCUGGCCGAGGACGAGGAGAUGAACCGGAUGCACGAGAGCAUGAAGCUCUUCGACAGCAUCUGCAACAACAAGUGGUUCACGGACACCUCCAUCAUCCUCUUCCUCAACAAGAAGGAUCUGUUCGAGGAGAAGAUCCGCCGGAGCCCCCUCACCAUCUGCUACCCCGAGUAUCCAGGCUCCCAGACGUACGAGGAGGCGGCCGCCUACAUCCAGAGCCAGUUCGAGGAGCUGAACCGGCGGCGGGACACGAAGGAGAUCUACACCCACUUCACCUGCGCCACCGACACGCGCAACGUGCAGUUCGUGUUCGACGCCGUCACCGACGUCAUCAUCAAGAACAACCUCAAGGAGUGCGGCCUCUACUGAGGGACCCCCGGGAACGCCCCGGGAACGCCCCGGGAACGCGCCGGGAACGCGCCCGGAACGGCCGCGGGGCCGCGGGAACGCCGGGAGGCUCCGGCACAACAACCUUCCUUCCUGGGGACCUCGUGUUGGAGGGGACGUGGAUUUGGGGAAUGGGGGGUUUGGGAGUGGGGGUGGAGAUCACGGAAUGGGGGUGGAGCCUCCCGGCGUCGCUGGAUGGAGAGACCUCCGUGGAUUCCCGCGGGAUUCCAGUGGGAUUCCAAGCAGAUUGCAGCCCAAUUCCAGCCUGAUUCCACUGAGAUUCCAGCCCUUGGAUUCCAGUGGGAUUCCAGCCUGAUUCCAGUGGGAUUCCAGCAGGAUUCCAGUGGGAUACCAGCCUGAUUCCAAUGGGAUUCCAGCCAGACUCCAGCCUGAUUCCAGCCCUUGGAUUCCAGCUGGAUUCCAGCCCAAUUCCAGCCUGAUUCCAGUGGGAUUCCAGCCUGAUUCCAGCGGGAUUCCAGUGGGAUACCAGCCUGAUUUCAGCCCCAUUCCAGCCUGAUUCCAGUGGGAUUCCAGCGGUGGGAUUCCAGCGGGAUUCCAGUGGGAUACCAGCCUGAUUCCAGUGGGAUUCCAACCAGCUUCCAGCCCUUGGAUUCCAGCGGGAUUCCAGUAAGAUUCCAAGCAGAUUGCAGCCUGAUUCUGGCCAGAUUCCUCGUAGAUUCCAACCCUUGGAUUCCAGCUGGAUUCCAGCCUGAUUCCAGUGGGAUUCCAGCCUGAUUCCAGUGGGAUUCCAACCAGAUUCCAACCCUUGGAUUCCAACGAGAUUCCAGCCCAAUUCCAGCCUGAUUCCAGCGGGAUUCCAGUGGGAUUCCAGCCUGAUUCUAGUGGGAUUCCAAUCAUCCCAACCAUUCCCAAACAAUCCAGCCCUUGGAUUCCAGCUGGAUUCCAGCCCAAUUCCAAGCAGAUUGCAGCCCAAUUCCAGCCUCAUUCCAGCUGAAUUCCAGCCUCAUUCCAGCCCUUGGCUCUGUAGCUCCCUCUUCCUUCGUUAUUCCAUUCCCAGCCCCCGUUAUUCCAUUUUUAAGGUUAUUUUGGGUGUUUUUAUUCCAGGCAGGAAACUGUCCCUUCCCUCCCCUUUGUUCCUCUCAGCCUCGGGUUCAAAAUAAUUAAAAUAAUAAUAAAAAAAAAAGAGAAUAAUAAAAACCACACAACUCUCACUCAACUAUGCACAUGGAGAUCCUGCGGGAAACGUCCCUCCCGGCAGGAAUUCCAGGAGUUCCUGUUCCUGCAGCUCCUGAAGGAUCCCGGGAGCUUUUCCCCGUGUGAGUCGUUCCCGUCCCGCCGCCCCGGCGUUGGGAAAGGCUCCCGGGGCAGGAGGAGGAGGGUUGGGCUCCGGGGGGAGGGUUUAUUCCCGGUGUUAUGCCCAGCUUGGCAUUCCCGGCCGGAGCCGAGGGGGGAGCUGCGGAUCCGAGCUCCCGAGCCGGGAUUCCCGGGCGUUUUUGGGGAUGGGGAGGGGGGAUGAUCCCGUCCUCCCUUUCCCAAGGCCCUCCCAGCCCCGGUUUUCCUGAGCCUGCCUUUCCUCUGUCCGGGUGGUGCCAAAUCCCACAUUUCCCCGCCCGCUCCGUGCGUUCCUCUGCUGAUCCCCGUCUGCAUCCAGCCCCUCUUCCCGGUUCUGUCCGUGUCCAGUCGGAUCCGUUGGAUUUGUUGGCAGUCAUUAAAAUGGUGAGUGAAGCCUUU